GUAUGGAUAACAAGUUUUCAAAAAUACCCUCACAAACGCAUAGAAAUGAACCGCUAUUAGGGCAUUUGUAGAAAUAUCUACACUCUUCACUGUCAUCUAUAGCAGCUAAAGAAAUGUCCGUUAUGCCGAUGCCAUCAACUGAAAAUUCCGACCAACCAGCUGCUAUAUCCACCGACACCGAUCACCCCGAACCCGAUAAUUUGGUUCCUAAUUCCUUAAAUCACGAAGUUGCAGAAGCCAAGCCUGAGAUUGCUGAAGAAGAAGUUAGAGGGUUUGCUGAAGAAGAAGUUAGAGGUGUUCUUGAAGUUAUUGCGUCCACAGGGAAAUAUUGGCAUGAUUGGGGCAAAUUGAAGAGCAUGAUAUCCUUUCAUCUGAAGCAGAUUUUGUCAGAGUAUCCUGAAGCAAAAAUGGCCAGCGAGGAGCAGAGUGCUAAAUUAGGAGAAACUUAUCAAGAACUGGUGAAAAGGUUGGAUGAAGCUCUUCAUGGUUUUGAUGAAGGUCCUCCAUUUACGCUGCAAAGACUCUGUGAGAUUCUAUUAUCUGCAAGAAGUAUCUACCCAAAUCUCUCAAAGCUUGCCCUAGCAUUAGAAAAGAAUCUGUUGGUUACAUCUACAUUAACUGUUUGUACGGAACCUUAUCCACAAUCAACGCAAAAGCAGGAUGAACCAGAUAAAGCACAUGAAGAACCGCAGCUGCAACACAAUUCAAUAGGAAAUGGGAUUGAACCUAUGGCAGGAGACGGGGAUGAAAUUAUGGCUGAGGUGCAGGAAGCCGACAUUGAUGAUGAUAUGACCAUUGAUAUGGAAGCCUUUGAAGAAAUUGUUGGAUCUGCAGAACAAAAUUCUACGCCUACUGGAAGUUCAUAAAAAAUCUAUCAAAUAUGAAUGGUGUACUUGUACAAUCCUAAUCGUGUAAUGUGUAGAUGACUUCUCAAAUCUAUAACUUAUUUGUAUUGGCAUUGCUGUGAGAGAACCUUUUGCUGGUUCACACUUGAAUGAAAUGGGAACUAUGAAAUUGAAA